GUAGAAAACUCAUCUCUAGAAAUCGGUCGCUUUCAGUCACAAAACUGCGAUCGUUGCGAUCGUUUGCCGUUCAAAAACACAAAAGUGCGCAUCGCUUGCUGAAACAUCGCGUUGUAUUUAUUUUUAUUGUUAAUUAUCGCAUAAAUUAUGAUACACUUCUCCCCGCCCUGGAUGCGAAACAUUCGCAGUUAGGCGACUAACUACACCGCCCGCAUUCUCGCCAACUUUCUGUUCUUGAGUUGCGAGCGCCGCUUGAGUGUUUUUAAGUGCAAGGAACACCGGCUAAAACCGCCUUCACGGGCUUCUAGCCAACCGAAAAUAGUUCGCGAAACGCAGCAGGCGACGCGUCUUUUGGGCUCUCGAAAAGGGCAUGAAAACUCGCGAUCUGCGGCCAAUAAAAGAUACAUACAGGAAAAAGCGAUUGCGCGAAUUCUCGGCUGCGUGUGCGCUGCAAAUUUGCUCGUGCGUAGCAAAAACAAACGAAAAUAGCCGAUGAACAAACAAAUACAGGCAGUGUGAAGAAUAAUCUGCGCUGUUUAAACAAUUAGCCGCAAAACAAACGCCGGAAUCGAGUGCGCCUGUGUGCAAGUGUGUGUGUGUGUGUGUAUCUGUAUCCCUGGAAUGCGCAGUCGCGCAUGCGCAAAUAUUUGUGAUUUGUUUUGAAAGGAGAGAAGGAGCUAGAAGGAGAGAGGAGAGAGAGAGAGAGAGAGAGCGCGCGAUCGGAUUGGAAUAAAAAACAUUCGCUAAAGUGACUUGACAAUAUGACUGCGAGGUCAUAGACUCCGGAAAAUAGAGGCGAGGGACGGGCAGAGGACGGAACACCGAAACGACACAAGGCGAACAAGGAACCAACACGAAAAUGUCCGGCAAUCAACAGCAGCAGCAGCAGCAACAGAAGUCAUUAACUAACAACGCGGCAGCAGCAGCAACAAACGAAACAACCACUUUGGGCCAUAAUUUGAUAAAAAUAAAUAGCGUUGACAAAAUAGUGGGCAAAAGUCAGGCAGCAACGCAGGCAAUUAACAAACUACAGCAGCAGCACCAGCAACAGCAACAGCAACAAAUCCAGCAGCGACGCUCAUUGCUGCCAGCAACAGGAGGAGCCACUAAUCCCCACCAGCCACACUCAUCGCAGCAACAAAGCGGAACGCCAACGCCAACAGCUCAGACGGCAGCCCAAAAACAUCAGCACCAGCAGCAACAGCAACAGCAGCAGCAGCAACAAUCACAUCAAUUGCAGACUGUGGCCACGAUACACCAGCCGCACUCCACGCAGCAGCAGGCAUUGACUUCCCGCCUGCCCAUCCAGCAGCAACCCGCUAAAGAAUUGCCCAAUCUAGCCGGCCAGCAGCGCCGCAGCUUCCACUACCAAUUGCAGCAUCAGCAGCAAUCUCUGCGCAGCCCGCAGCUGAAGGCACCGGCACCCGCCCACUCCAUACCGCCGAGAUACCAGCCACCGCCUCAGCCGGCCACAGGGAUCCUCAAGCCCCACUUGCCACUCAAAUAUCCGCCGGAUAUCCCCCAGCUAUCUAGCAUCUACAUUCCCGACUCCGUCAAGCAGCAACAGCAACAGCAGCAACAACAGCAGCAACAGCAGUCGCGAUAUCUGCCAGCACACCAGCCGGGAGCGAAGGAUAUGCUGAAGUUUGUGCGCAAGCCGGACCAGGAACACCCAUCGCCCAAUGCCUCGGUCACGUCCAGCGGCACGGGAAUACCCACGGCCAAUGGCGGUGGUCGUCUGACCGCCGAGCAGAACCGCCAGUUGCAGUCGCUGGUCAAUGAACUGCGUGCCCUGAAGGAGCAGAAUCAGCGUCUGCUGGACGACAACCAGGAGUUGCGAGAUCUGUGCUGCUUCCUGGACGACGACCGGCAAAAGGGACGCAAGCUGGCGCGGGAAUGGCAGAGAUUUGGGCGAUACACAGCCAGCGUGAUGCGACAGGAGGUGGCCGCGUACCAGAACAAACUACGUCAGCUGGAUGAUAAGCAGCAGGAGCUAAUCACCGAUAAUCUGGAGCUCAAGGAGCUGUGCCUCUACUUGGACGAGGAGCGUGCCCAUGUGGCGGCCAAUGCGCUGUGCGCCGGAUGCGGAGCAGCCACCAGAAAUGCGCUUCGAGAUGACGGCGAUGGUUCCAGCUCCAGCACGAAUGCAGAUGAGACCAUCACCGCCUUGAGGAACUAUGCAGAGCAGCGGCAACUACCCCAGGAUCUACGUCAUACCCACACGCUGAACGACCAGACGCUUCAGUAUGUGCGCUCGCUGGAGCGCCGAAUCCAGCAACUGGAGGAGGAGCGCACUACGCCCACGGCACACCUGCAGCAGCCGACGACGCCCACGCCGCAGGCCACGCCGACGCCAACGGCCACAUCUGCAGCCACUCCAACCAAAUCAGCAGCAUCGCCCCACCAGCAGCAACAGCAGCAGCAGCAUCAGCAGCAGCAAGACAUCGUGGCCGCUGCAGCGGCGGCAGCAGCUGCUAUCCAAAUGCCGGAGCCGAUUGCCGGGCGCCCAGAGGCGGUGGUCCGCGCCCUCCAGGUGCUCGAGGUGCGGGAGCAGCUAGAGCGAGAUCGCAUAGGCAACCUGGCCGGGAGCGCACUCGACCAAAUGGACGAUGGCGAGAAGGCGCUGGUCCGCGAGAUGUGCAACGUGGUCUGGCGCAAACUGGAGGGCAGUCCACAUGGGCCGGCGGCCCUGGAGCCGCUCUAAGCCGCUCUUGGCGGAGGGAGCCAAGGGCGGAGGCAACCUAAGGCGGGCUAACACCUAGACUCUAAUGUUUAAAGCUAACUUAUGCCGUAACAUUUAACCCUAAACAUUGUACAAAGUUCAAACCACAACCUAAGCUUAAGCUACCGCUGAAGGCGAAAGAAUACUCAACAAAUAUUUGGGAUACUCCAGCAACUGAUUCGCGAUGCAGGGAAAUAAAUUGGGCUAGGCAUAUAGACCAUUAGUUACCCACUUUUUGAUAUCAGAGUUCAUUUAAUGCAGAUAUUGUUAGAUUCAGCUUCAAAUUCCAGCCUUAACUGGUCUUAAAGCUGUACGAUUUGGAUGCGAAUCGAUAUAAACUGUUCAGGUUGAUGACUCCGCAGAAUCAAGUAAUCAACGCAAUUGUUGUUUAUUUUCGAUUUGGACAAACUUUCUUGGGAUCACUCUUUUUAAUUAGUUUCUAACUCUGCUGUUCAGUUGAUGGAGUAUGCUCACAAUUAUUUUAUUUACUUAUUGUAAACUUUGACUGUUAUUUUUGAAUGCCAAGAGGAAAACUACUUUCAUGAAAAAUUUGCUAACUCGAAAUACAAUGCAACAAAUAUUUCCAUA